GAGAGAAAAGUUCAGGGAAGACAAAGUGAUAAGCAUCAAGCAGCUUCUGGGUUUUGCUUUCAAGUGGACUCCUGCUGAACUGAAGCAAGUGUGUGUGUGUGUUAGUGUGUGUGUGGUACUGGUUUCCUCCUGUCAUUGGAGGAACACAGAGCGUCAGCCGUGAACUAAAGGUUAUAAAACAGAAGAGCCACCGGAGGAAGAUGCACAGCAAGACUUCAGUUCUCAGGAGGAACUCAGCCUGACGUUUAGACCUUCUCACUCUGGACUGGAGACAGGACGACACUGGUCCAAACUCCCCUAUCUCCAGUUCACACCCAUCACUCUCUGACAGCUCCUGCUGGAGCACCUGCUCCUGACUGUCUGACUCCAAGAUGUCAGACGAUGACUGCCGCUCGCCCAUCGGCCUGGACGUGUGCACCUGCUGCCUGGACCUGGCCAGUGGAAGUGACGACUCCCUGUCCAGCAGCCCCUCUCAGGGCCACGGCACCACGGGAGGCCUGCCAGCAAGCCCCACCAGCCCCAGCGUGAAUCACUUCAGACAGCUCCGCAACCAGCUCAUGUACCAGAACCUGAACACGGACAAGCUGAACAACAUCAUGAGGCAGGACUCCCUGGAGUCGGUGGUGAGGGACCCCUGCUUCCUGCUCAACGAGGGCAUCUGCAACAGCAACAUCGACCAGACCAUGCUGUCCAUACUGCUCUUCUUUCACAGUGCCUCUGGUGCUAGCGUGGUGGCCAUUGACAACAAGAUUGAACAAGCAAUGGAUCUUGUCAAGAACCACCUGAUGUAUGCGGUGCGUGAGGAGGUGGAGAUCCUCAAAGAGCAGAUCAAAGAACUGGCAGAGAAGAACAACCAGCUCGAGAGGGAGAACUACCUGCUCAAGAAUCUGGCCAGUCCAGAGCAGAUGGAGAAGUUCCAGUCCCGCAUCCCGACAGAUGUGCUGUCACCUCUGGACAAUCAAAAUAUCUCAGAGCAGCAGCAGACCUGUAACCACAACACUGGAUCUGCUGUAUAAGUGGCUCUGCCUUGGGGCGGGCAGAGCCACGGUCUCUCUCCAGUAAUGGACCUCGAUUUUGAACGUAUGCGUUAUUGAAUCUCCGCCACCGGGACCCCCUUCGACAAUGAAGGAGAAGCGUCGGGGCUGUAAACGAUCGAUGGGACACAAAUGAACUGUUGUCGCUGAUCAGCACAAACCAGAACUAGAGACACUCUGACUGGUGCCACAUCAGGCCCAUCAUGUGAUAGCUCUUUGUCAUAGUCUCUCCUCGUAGGAACAGGUGUUAAGAAUAGAGAUGACAGGUUAGACCCAGAUGACUGCUUGCUUUCAGACAGGAAGUGGGGUUUCCCCCACCCUGGACAAGAAAAACACUUCCAACAAACACCCUCCAUCCUAUAAAGGUGGGGGGUGAGGAGGUGUUGAUUGGGCUCGCCCUGCAGACCUGGAAACGGAGGAUUUUUUCUCCCUCGCGAUCCAGAGGAGAUCCUUCUGAGUCGGUACUCCCGAGUCUCAAUGAGAACAGCCCCCCCCCCCCCUCACAUGUUCCAUCUCAAAACACAAGUUUCAAGGACUGAGCCACACAUUUCUGACUCAAACUUUUCCUGUACCUACACUGUCACUGUGUUUUGAAGUCUAACAAGAGAAAUGAACAGGAUGAGCAACGGAGGCAGACGUCGAUGCAGUCGGAGUAAUUAAGCUGCAGUGGACCGAUUCUACUGUAACGAUUCACUAAAGUGUAGUCUUGUUUGCCGUUGAGGGGGGGCUUGCUGCGUAUGGGGGACGCCAAUUCUGUUUUUGUGUAUAAUCCUGAACAAAUGGUUUGUACAGUAGGAGCAGUGGGCUUUUGGAUAAAGUGCUUUUGUAACCUGCAGGACCAUGCUGCUCACCUGACUCAGAAAACCUACAGUAUCAUAGAGUUGAAACAUCUCGAGGUAGACGCCUGCAUUUCAAGCUGCAGGUGCACUUUGAGUUUUAGCAGUGUCAUCCACGAUCUGAUCUUUUUCCCUUUCUCUGAUCAGACGGACACUUGAAAAACGAUGGCAUGACGACAGUGCCUGUAAGUAGGAUCACAUUUCUACAAUGACUGUGGUUGGUGAUGCUUUGUAUUUUUAGCUCCCACACAUUUUUUUUUUUUCCUUUUCUUACACAACAGCAGUCGCUGAGUGAACCAGGACCAUGUGCAAAACUGCACAGGGAGAAAUCUUGCUUGUAGCUAGUGCUAAACGUUGUUUUGUAACGAUAUCGGUGUUGUUGCUGUAAAGUAUCCUCCAAAUUGUUGUACACUAUGGUGUUUUUGGAUACAACUGCACAUUUGCAAUAAACCUUGUUUACAUGGCACAUUA